CCCUGUGGAAACACCUUCCUAUUUCGUGGUGUCAAGUUGAAGAGAGCAUCGCAUGAAUUACUGUCACCAAACACAGACGAGCCAGAGGGCUGACGGGCUGCUUCUGGACAUGGGCCAAGACGAGCAGAGUGAGGCGUCGCCUCAGACCCGAGACAAAGAGAAGCCGGCAGCGGAGCAGGCCUCCCCGCCGUUUAUUGAGAUCAGCGACUCUCCGGCUGAAUGCGAGGAAGAGGUGAUGCCCGGUGCGGUGCAGAUGGAGGAGAAGGCCUUCAUUUCCAGUUUACACUCUUUUAUGAAGAACAAAGGCACGCCAAUAGAGCGGAUUCCACAUCUGGGCUUUAAACAGAUUAACCUUUGGAGGAUCUACAGAGCUGUUGAUAAACUCGGGGGCUAUGAUUCAGUGACAGCUCGGCGUCUUUGGAAGAAAGUGUAUGAUGAGCUGGGAGGAAGCCCAGGAAGCACCAGUGCUGCGACUUGCACCCGCAGACACUAUGAAAAGCUGGUGCUUCCGUUCGAGAGACACCUGAAAGGAGAGGAGGACAGACCUUUACCUCCCAGCAAACCACGAAAGCCAUACAAGAGAAACUUGGAGGGAAAGGUUUACAAGGCUGAUGGGAAGAGAAAAAAGACUCAUCCAGAUUCAGAGUUAUUCCUUCAAAGAAGUCCUGAAGCUGCCUGCCAGAGCGAAGCGAUGCUGCAUCCUCACUCCGUCCUCUGGACUGCCUCGUCUGACAGAUCCAUCCCGGAGAGCUCCCAGCCCAGCAGAGCCGGCGCUGAUCUCUACACACACAUCCUCCAGGCCCCGACGUCCGCUUCCUGGAUUACUCACGUCCCGCCCGCGGCAGGGGAAGUCAUCUCUCCUCUGGAGAAGAAAAAGCGAAUGGCUCAGGCCAGCCUCCACCUGCCGAGAGGCUCUCAGAGCGAGGAUAAAGACCGGCCGUCCGUCAUCCACUGCUCUCAGUCUCCUGCCCGGGCUCCUUCCGGCAGGAACCGCAGCUUCUCUGACGGCUCGCCGUUGCCUCUGUCGUCCUCCUCGUCACGCAGCCCCUCCCCUUUAUCGGUCUCGUCAGAGGACGGCGCAGCAGGGAGUGACUACAAACCUGCAGCGAGCUCAGAACUGACCCAGAACUGUCGCAGCACUGUCAAAAAUACACCUGACUGCAGUGAAGAAGGCAAGUCGGUGACGAGUCAGACAUCCAAACCCCCCCCAGGACAGAAUAACAACACCGCUCCAGUUAGAGCCCAACCACUGUCUCCGAACUCAGUGAAGCAGCUGAAUCAAGACUCUGCCUGGAAGCCUUACUACAAAGCAAACAGCAAAUAUUUUUCAUAUCCUCUUCAUUCGUUGUCCUCCCUCUCUUCCACCGCCUCUCCGUCCAGCUUCACUAAAGUGGCCUCAAAGUCUGUGCAGCUUCUGCGGCCCGCUCCAAUACGGCCCGGCUACAAAAUGUACCCGAGCAGGCUGCAGGUUGAAUCUCAGACUUGUACAAAGAGGAUGCACAACAUGACCCCGUGGCCCUAUCAGACAGAAAAGAGGGAGAAAUGCAGGACAGCCCCACAGAAAGCUCCUCCGGUUCAGCAGAGUGCGAUUCACUCCGCCGCCGCCCUGCCGAGCUACGACAAACCGGGGAGGGACUCCCGGUACCAGCCCGUCUUACACCCUGCGUAUGUCUCCAACAGAGUGAGACUGCCUCAGUCUCAGCUCAUGUACCGUCACCUUCCCAUCAGUCCAGCUGUCAUUGGCUCGGCCGUGUAUCCAUAUCCGUAUGCCAUCCCUCUGUAUAAUUCCCAAAGUGGGUACGCCAUACCUGCAAUAAACCCCGUUUACCCUCACAAGCUGUAAUCCCAGGUGUGAUCGGAUUUGCUGCAUUUGUGAUUUUUAUGAAAGAAAGUAGGUUUUUAAUUUGUGAUGCUCACGUUACAUUUUCUUUUCCAAAGCGAAACUGGCAAACUGAAGUCAGAGCAAUGUUUGGAAAUUUUUCAGGAAAAUAUGUAUCAGUGUUCACACAGCGAGUGUCUUUGGAGCAAUAAACUUCCCUCAAAGAGGAAAUGACAUUUCUGAGCAGCUGCACUUUUACCAGUUGUUGCAAACCUGUAUCAUGUGAACUAAUGUCCUUAUUUACAAGGUCUUGUUUCAUGUUUUUGAUAUAAAUUUCACUUUAGAUCAUUUCUUGAACAAGUAACACAUUUAAGAACCAUUCAUCUGGUACACUGAUCACCAUUUUCAUGGGAAAACAGUUACAAAUAUGCUAUUUAAAAUCCCAUUUUUAUCCCAAUGAUUUCUCUGUCCCACACUAUCCUCCGAUGUGAACUGUCUACUUUGUUUCUGCUUGAUCUAUAUGUUUAUUUAUGGGGUUACUGUAGAAAGUGUCUACUUAACUUAUAUCAUUGUGAAAUAUUGUUGGAAAAUGUCAUUAGAAAAAAAAGAUCAAAAACAUUAACGUUGUUGUUCAUUGUUUCCAGUUCAGAAAGUGGUCCAAUUGUUCCAGAUCUAUAAUGUUCAUUUGUUCAGGUUAUUUUUCAGGUUUUCCAAACGUUUGACAGCAGAAUUGUUUUGAGGUUUCAUUAUAAUGUAUUAUAUAACUCAAACCUGCAGAGUCCACACCAUGCUGUUUUUAUUUAACACAAAUCUCUCUCUCAGUAGUCAUUCUAUCCGGAUUUGUUGACAUGAAUCAACUGCUGCUCUCUCUUUCUGAAAACAUACAAAAUAAUUGAGUUUCAACAAAUACCAGUUGUAAUUAUUUUGUGAUCAACACAUUUUAAAGUGAAAACUAUGAGCUAAAUGCAAUCUGAUUCAUUAAACUUGAUUUCACA